UGUUUUGUUCGAGUAGCCGUACAGUAAUUUGUUAGGUUACGUCGGGUCAUGUUGGUGUUUUAUUAGGUUAACGCUGGUUAUUAAAGUGUAGCGCGUGGCCGCCCAGCGCGUGCACUGGUGAGAGAGGUGAGCUCGUGCAAGUUGCACUAUUUUGAACGCGUCGUUUAGCCGGUUAGCUUUUCUGUCUCUUUCGCCUCACACAAAACACACAGAGGCGACAAGAAAGUCAUGGGCUGUCACAACAGCAAAGUGUGUGUCCACGUCCGCCGUAAAAAGAAAAAACAAACAAAGAAUGAAAACCCUCUCAAGGAGAUCAGCAGCACUCAUGAUGGAAGUGGACAAUGCACAGCAGAUGAGAACGGCUCAGGUCCAGCGUCACAGCUGGAGAAGUAUGAGUGGCAGGUGAAAAUCUUGGAUGAAGUCCUUGCAGCUUCAGGAAGUGAAGAGCGAGACCAGCUUCUGAAGGAUCAUCAUCACGGUGAACUCUGCGUGCUAGUGCACACUCUCACUGAGAUGGUAAAGUCUGAGACAACUGCUGAGCUCAGUGCUGUACAUGAGAACCAGCUGAAGAGCUCUAAGGAACAGCACCAGAAAGAAGUGGAAGAGCUGAAGAAGCUUCACAAUGAAGAGAAGAAUGCACUGCAAGAAACGCACACAGCAGCUGAAACUGCUCUAAAGGAGCAGAUUGAGCAACUGACGGCAGACUUAAAGUUGUUCACAGAGUUAAAGCAGCGAGUAAAAGAGUCCACACUGAAAAGAGACCUUCAAAGAAACAUACAAACUCAUGGUAGCCCGGGUGAAUUCUGGGAGCAGGAACAGGAGAGUCUGCUAAUUGUCAUAGAGAUGAAGAGCGAGCGUUUACAGGAUCAGGGAAGCAAGCUGCAGCAGAUGGAGGCCCUGGUUGAAAGGAAUCUGGCUUUGGAAGAUCAGGUUUUGCAGGUUCUACAGCAGAAUGAGGACCUCAGAGUUCGGACAGACAAUUAUCAAACAUUAAUACACCAACUGACCAAGGAGCAGAAUAAGCUGCAGGAGGCGCUGGAGAAGCAAACAUUGCAGAGCCAGAAACUCAGUCAGGAAAAAGAGGAGUUGCUCUUUAAACUCCUCCACAGACGGGACUCCUGCUCAUCUUUUCACAUAUCUGCCAUAGUACCUGCUAAAGUAUCACAAAGCUGACCUGGCCUCAGCUCCACCAUCUCACACACUGGACUCCACUCACCACAGCCUUGUGUUUUUACACACCAGAGUUAAGCAGUCCAUGCUUUUCAGUUUUAGCCUGCUGCUAGUUUCUUUCGAAAUAACUGUUUUAAGGAAACUGGUUUUUAUGCUAUGCUGAAACAAGUGACCUAUUACAUGAGUUUUGCAUAUACUCAACCACUGUGUCAGAGUUGGGAAAUAAUGACAGGUUUGUUUUUUUUUUAUUUUUAUUUUUUAGUUUGGUUUUUAUUAUAUUUUUUAAAAUCUUAGUACCUGUAAUAUGGUUCAUUUUAGAAUUACAUUGGAUCAAUCAACAUUUAUACUGUAUGCGUGUAUUAUGAUGUAUGUCUGCAGUUUGAUGAGGAAUUUAAUGAGGUAUUUCGUUUUCCUCACACACCUGAUCCAGCCCAUGAAGGGUUUAAUUAGUUGGAUGAGUUGUGUUCAGAGGCACUGGAGUGAGAACUAAUGCAUUGUAAUAUGUUACUGGAAAAUUGUUAUGGGUAUAUUUAGCAUAAUGUUCCAGUUAUUCCAGGAAACUGACAUCAGAUGAUGCUUUCUGAUUUUUUUCUUUUUUUCUUUUUUUUUGUCCUUUUUCCCUUUUUUUUUCUUUGCCUUAGAAAAGCCAAAGCACUUGUAAGUGUAUUUUAAAGCAAUAGCUUUUCAGAUGCACUGGCACUUUUACAACAGUAUUCAUUCAUGUAUGUAUGUAUGUAUGUAUGUAUGUAUUUGUAUAAGGAAGGGCUUUUGUUGUUGGGACAUGUAAGACCUGUUUGUUUGCAUGCUUAGACUUAGACAAGAUCAUUAGUAUACAUUUUGAGAGCAUUAACCUUUUGUUAAUUGAAAUAUGAGUGACUGUUGUGUGUACAGCAUUGUCUGCUAGGAGAAAAAAAUGUAGAGCAGUGUUGGGCAGAUGCUAAAAGACCACUGCUGUAUGUGUGUUCAGAUGUUGCUGAGAAUGAAGGCAUUUAUUGUCCAUCCAGGUUUUCUUCUUUGUGGCCCAUUUUCAUACUCCACUGUGUGUUUACCUCUGAAGAAGUGCCUCUUAGGGCUUCACAAAGAAAGACUCAAAUUAAAUAAAAGCUGCAUCUGAGGUGAAAUGUU